UGUGGUUAUAAAAAAAACAAAAUUAAUCGACGAGUUUUCAGGUUAUAUUUUGAAAUUAUAGAAUAUAAAUAAAAUUUAAUUGCAAUUUAUCACAAUGAGUGGAAUGUUCAAACUUAAACUCACAGCUCUAGGGCAUCCCAACCCGGAUAACUUCAACUGUGACCAUGAAAAAGAGUUCCGAAGCGUAGUUCUUUGGCUGGAGGACCAGAAAAUACGGCAUUACAAGAUCGAGGAGCGGGAGGGACUUAGGAAUAUAGAUAACGAUAAUUGGAAUGAGAGUUUUGAUCAGUAUCAGAAGGAUUUGCUGAGCCCUGCUGUAAAUGGCUCGCCGUCCGAACAAUUGAACUGGCUGCUCUGUUACGCAGUGCGGUUAGAAUACGCUGAUAACGUUGAGAAAUACAAAAAGGCCAAAGUAGAAACACCUAAACAAGCAGCUCCCAGUGUAGUAUCAUCCAACCCACUGGACAACUUAGAUUUUUCCAGUCCAGCUUUCAAAAGUGGUGUGGACCGAAUAUGCAUGUUAGCCGGCAUUGGUCCUCACCCUGACCCCAAGAUGAGGCUAGCAGCUCUCGCCCAUGUUCUGAAAACCGGACCGCACCCCCCGCCAACCUCCAAAGAGCUGCCUACAAUAAAUGAACCAACCGAUGUCCUCAAGCUACUCUUCAUCCACGACCUCAGAGAGCUGCAAUGCAACAUAAACAAUACUCUUGUAGCAGUUCAAAAGAUCACAGCUGACCCUAGAACAGAUACUAGCCUUGGCAAGGUAGGUAGAUAAUUGACUUGAUAGUCAAACAGUAAAUAUCUGGAACUAUAGAUCUAAUAAAAUCUGAUUGUGACUGUUUAUUGUUUGAGGGUCAACCAGAUUUUCGUAAAAAUAUUAUUUAACUGUUUUGGUUGACCUGUAACUGUAACUAUUUACCUCAAGCAGCAAUAUACUUACAUGUAUAGUUGUAAUUAGAUAAAGCUAGACGUUUUUUUAAAUAUAUUUGUUCCAGAUAUUGAUUUUUACUAAUAUUUUAGUAUCAUUUUGGUGUAAUUGGUACUGAUUUUGCCCUUCACUAGUGUAACACAUUUAUUUAAUGCAGAUACAAAAGGAAGAACUGAUUAAACAUAAUUUAUAUAUCA